AAUUUCUUAAGAAUCGUGUCGGGCGCAUUGCGAGUGUACUGGCUCAGGUUUUAUUUGAUGGGGCCUUGAAUGUUGAUUUGACUGAGUUUCAAACAAAUUUGGUGCCGUAUCCGCGUAUUCAUUUUCCGCUGGUGACUUAUGCUCCGGUUAUUUCCGCGGAAAAGGCGUAUCAUGAGCAGCUUUGCGUAGCCGAAAUAACGAACGCAUGUUUCGAACCAGCUAAUCAACUAGUGAAGUGCGAUCCCCGUCAUGGAAAAUAUAUGGCGUGCUGUCUUCUUUACCGCGGCGAUGUGGUUCCGAAAGACGUUAAUUCGGCGAUUGCCACCAUCAAAACCAAGAGAAGUAUACAAUUUGUGGAUUGGUGUCCCACUGGAUUUAAGGUUGGAAUAAAUUACCAGCCACCGACCGUAGUGCCAGGCGGCGAUUUAGCCAAAGUUCAAAGAGCCGUUUGCAUGUUGUCCAACACGACUGCAAUUGCCGAGGCGUGGGCCAGGCUUAAUCAUAAGUUCGAUUUAAUGUAUGCAAAGCGCGCUUUCGUACACUGGUGA